UCGGCCAGUGCUCGGCCCGGCCCGGCCCGGCCCUAUAUCCCCGCGCCCGGACGGGACGGGACGGGACGGACGCGCCGGCGCCGCUGCCGCCCGCAGCCUCGCGCAGCCGGCCGUCGGGGCCCGUCGGGGGCCGGCAUGGAUUACUCCUACCUCAACUCCUACGACUCCUGCAUGGCGGCCAUGGAGGCGUCCGCUUACGCCGACUUCAGCCCCUGCAGCCAGGCCGGCACCUUCCAGUACAGCCCGAUCCGGAGCGGCUUCGGCGCCAGCCCGGCCUGCCCGCCCCUGCCCGCCGCCAGCUGCGCCCUGGGCGCCCUGCGCGACCACCAGCCCUCGCCCUACGCCGCAGUGCCCUACAAGUUCUUCUCGGACCCGUCGGGCAUCAACGAGAAGCGCAAGCAGCGCCGGAUCCGCACCACCUUCACCAGCUCGCAGCUCAAGGAGCUGGAGCGGGUCUUCGCCGAGACGCACUACCCCGACAUCUACACCCGUGAGGAGCUGGCGCUCAAGAUCGACCUCACCGAGGCCCGGGUGCAGGUCUGGUUCCAGAACCGGCGGGCCAAAUUUCGCAAGCAGGAGCGAGCGGCCAACGCCAAAGGCGCCGGCGGGGGCAGCAAUGGCGGUGCCGCGGCCAACAAGAAGUCGGACCCGCGCUCCUCCUCAGAAGAUGACGAGUCCAAGGAGUCCAACUGCAGCCCCACGCCCGACAGCACCGCCUCGCUGCCCACCGCCGGCGGCCUCAGCCCCGGCAGCAGCCUGAGCCCCAGCCCCGGCACGGGGCAGGGCAUGGCCCCCGGCCACGCCGCCCAGCCCCUAAAGGCUCCUCUCUGGCCCGGGGUCAGUACUAGCAACGGCCCCAGCAACACGGCCGAGCUGCUGAAGGCUUGGCAGCCGGCCGAGGCCAUGCCCGGACCUUUCUCCGGCGUCCUCUCCUCCUUCCACAGGAAGCCCAACGCCCUCAAGACGAACCUCUUCUAAUGGACUGGGCCUGCCGAUGCCGCCAAGCCACCCUCCCUGCCCCUCUCCCAGCCGCCCGCCUCCGAGGUUUCUCUCCCGCUUGGCCCCGGCGCUCCUGGCAGGGAUGGGCGACGGAGACGAAGCCGGUGCUUUGCUCUCGGCAUUCAGGACUCGCACCCUCCAUAGCGAGCGAGCUCCCCACCUCCUCGCUCACGCCAACGCUCCCUGCCCCUGACGCCGGCCGAUGCAGCGGGCAGCGACCACCUCCGCCCAUCUGCUUGCUCAGAGACGUCUCGCCACCCUGUCCAGGGAGCUGGGACGGUCCCUGGCACCGACCCCCGUAGGGCCUGAAGGCCACGCCGAGCCUUUCCUGGGGUUUUGCUGAGCCCCCGACCCCAGGGAAGGCAGCCCUUUGGUCCUAUGGGGUCUCCGUGCGGCGCUAGUCGGAUGCAAUCAGCAGCAGAGCAAGGAAGGGGGUCCCUCAGCUCCCCGUGAGCGCUGCGGGCUGCCAGGACCAGCGGCCAGCGCCUGCAUUGUCAGGGGGGCUGCGGGAUGGGACCACGGGAGCAGGACAGCUUCCCUCCUCUGCAUCUCCCUGCACCAUGUCAUCCGCACCGAGAGGAUCCGGGCAGCCUUGCCCACCCCCCGGGCCUUGCCAUGGCUAUAUGCUUCUCCGGACUCCGCUGCCAGCUACGGCUCUGUGUGCACGUGGGUCUGAACUCGCCCCACGGACACUGGUGACCACCCCGUCAAACCCCUGGGGAGAGGCCUGACCAUCCACGGCUCACGCGUCCGGCCCGAGAGGUGGUCUCCAUGGAAGGGCAGCACGGAGCAAUGCCACAGGGGCAACUGGGAGCUUAACCUCACUGAAGCAGGUCCUUACCCCCCUGCCAGCCCUACCAAAGCCAAAUGGAUGCUCUUCUGCAUCUCUUCCAGUAUCCAGCAGUGGGCACAGGGCAGGGGAAAGACGUGCCCACCGGCAUGGCCAGAUCCAGCAGGAGCAUCACCAAAGCCCAGACGGAGGAGAGAAAGCACUUUAUGUCAGGGCAGGGCAUGCUCCUUCGCGUGGGCCAGGACCUGAGACGUGGCCCCGAGAGAAACGUGCGAGUUGUGCCAGGGGCUCCACCGAGGUGAGAUGCAACAUGAACACUGCAUGCGGUUCACACCGCUCGUUCCCACGGCUCUCCCCGGAUUUCGCUGCCCGAGUGACUGCGGCAUCCCUCCCUGGGCCGCAAGCACAGCACGCACCCCUGCCCAGUCCGGUGCCACGCCAUGGGCUGGGGCAGGAAGGGGUGGUGGGGGGCGGAAGGGAUUCCUCACCCGUGUUACAGGCGUGGGCAGGACCGUGGUGCCACGCAGAUGCUUGGACCCUCUUUUCUGCUGCUGUGCUGAAGGCAGCGACCAGACACCUGGCCACAUGGCAUUGCCCUGAGCCACUGCAUGGGUGCACAGAUGUGCUACUGACUCCAGGGGAUGACCAGGCCCAUCCCCGGGGAUCGGGGUUGGAUGCCUGCAGGCUGCCGAGACUUUGCCCAUGCCAGCUGGCGGCUUGACAGAGGUCCAGAGAGGGGAUAUUGCUCCGUGGCAAUUGCCCCCAGCCUUCAAUGCCAGAGGAGCCUGCUGGGGGAGAGGAAGGUGAUGGCUCUGAUCAGAGUUAAAUGCCAGAUGCUGAGACCCCAGCUCGUGCCCCAUUGCCCUGGGCAGUGGGCAGUGCCCCGUGGUGCACGGAGGGAGAGGAGCGGGGCCGAAGGAGGUGUGUCUGUGUGUGUGUGUCUGUGUCCGUGCCCCCGUGUGUGGGUUUCUCCUGAGCUGGUGGUCUCCCCGCGCCAGGUCUCACCCUUCAUAGACCCAGGUGCUGCUCUGUCCGGAGAGGAUGCCCUGACGGGCAUCGUCCCAUUGCAGGCUGCUCUCUGGCGUGGCCUGCAAAAGCAGCAGCCUUUAGCCACCUUCGAAGGGCAGGAGGUGGCUGCGUCUGCAGGCUGGGCCGAGGGCAUACGUCUGGGGAACGGGUCCCCCCUCCGCAACCUUCCCAGGGUGCUAGCAAAGCCGCAGGGGUCCCUGAUGGCGUCUGCGGGGGGUGGCGCCCGGUUGCCACGGCCAGGCGAGCUGACCAUUUGCUGGGGGAAAGCUGCCAAGGCCCGUGCCCCUGCUAGCAGAGCCGGGGACAGGGUGACGGCGAGCUCGCUGGCCCCCCGGCAUGACGGGAACCUCACUCCAGACUCUCCACGACGUCUGUUUUUUGGUUGUUUUUUUUAACCUGUUCUGUAAUUUAUUGAGCCCAUUGGCCAACGAUGCUAAUCCCAAUAAAACUUAAUUUAUUGA